UCGGUUUAUGUGGGUUUUCAUGGGCGGAGUUUAGCUUGAAUAUUUAUGUACACCGUCCGUUCUUGAAUUAAUUUGUCACAGUAACAGCACAACCCAUAUUAUUCGGCCCUGUGUGGCUAGCUGAUUUAAAUUUCCAAAUUGUGAGCUGAGCAUCAUGUUUUACCACAUCUCUUUAGAGCAUGAAAUUCUGUUGCACCCUCGCUACUUUGGCCCUAAUCUUUUGAAUACGGUGAAACAGAAGCUUUUCACUGAGGUGGAGGGGACAUGUACAGGAAAGUAUGGAUUUGUCAUUGCUGUGACCACAAUUGACAAUAUUGGUGCAGGUGUCAUUCAGCCUGGCAGGGGCUUUGUACUGUAUCCAGUUAAGUACAAAGCCAUUGUCUUCCGUCCCUUCAAGGGAGAGGUGGUGGAUGCUGUUGUCACUCAGGUUAACAAAGUCGGGCUAUUCACAGAAAUUGGGCCAAUGUCCUGUUUUAUCUCUCGGCAUUCCAUUCCAUCAGAGAUGGAAUUUGACCCAUCCUCCAAUCCACCCAGCUACAAGUCAGCUGAAGAAGAUGUGGUUAUCCAGCAGGAUGAUGAAAUCCGGUUGAAGAUUGUAGGAACUCGAGUGGACAAGAAUGACAUUUUUGCCAUAGGAUCUCUUAUGGAUGAUUAUCUAGGACUGAGCUGAUUAUUCUUCCUGAAGCUGGACAGUAUCUCAAUGACAUCGCACAGCUUGGAGUACGCAAUAGUGUUUUUGGUCCUGAUAUAACUUAAGUUUGUUUUUAUGUUUUAUUUUUAUUUUUUAUAUAUUGAUAACAAUACCUCACACAAGUUAAAGUUCUUGUGCUGGUCUGUAAGCAGGGAUGGCGGGAUGCUUUUGACGUUUUAUGAACUAAGAAAACGUAUGGGAUUGGCUAGCAUCAUAGCUCUUUUUUGCCUCUGUUUUAAAAAAUCCUGCAACCUGCUCUGUGCUGAGGUCCAGCAUGAAGACACGAAAUACUGUGUGUUUCUUUACUGAUAUUUGAUAGUGUGCCAGUGUCCUUUCAAUAUGAAAAUGUAUGUUUCACAUCAAUAUGAGCAAGGUGAUGACUGUAUCAUAUUUUGAAUAAAUAUUCCUUGUAAUAA